GAAGGGAGAAGCGGUAGCCUAAAGCUUCGGCAGUAUUGUCGUUUCGCAGGAUAUUUGGAAGAGACGAUUGUUGGAAUAAUCGCGCAAGAACUGUUGCAGUCUCUCUGCACAAACAAAAAGGUGUCAAAAUGUCACGGAUAUUACGAGUAGUAUUAAAUUCGCGACCUGGGAAAAAUGGGGAACCGGUUCCAGAGAACUUCCGUGUCGAGGAGAGUACCCUAAUGACAGAUCUGAAACCGGGAGAGGUCCGCGUACGGACUCUGUAUCUCUCUGUCGACCCCUACAUGCGGUGCCGUAUGAACGAGGACACGGGUGCAGACUAUCUUUCGCCGUGGGUAUUGUCAGAGUGUGUGGAUGGAGGUGGCGUGGGAGUGGUGGAGUCCAGUCGCCAUGAUGCUUUUUCAAAGGGGGACACUGUGACAUCUUUCAACUGGCGUUGGCAAACUCGUGACGUGGUGGAUGGGAGUCGCCUACAGAAGCUUGACCCUGACCUGGUGAAUGGACACCUGUCCUACUUCCUGGGUGCGGUGGGCAUGCCAGGUCUCACCGCCCUGUUGGGUGUGAGGGAAAAGGGUCAUUUGAAACCUGGAGCUAAUCAAACCAUGGUGAUCAGUGGAGCUGCCGGGGCUUGUGGGUCAGUGGCUGGGCAGAUUGGCAAGCUGGAUGGCUGUGGCAGGGUGGUGGGCAUCUGUGGGUCAGAGGAGAAGUGCAGGGUCCUAGUCUCCGAAUUGGGCUUCUCCUCAGCAGUGAACUAUCGCCAGGGGGACGUCUCUACAGCACUGAGGGAGAGCUGUCCCGAUGGAGUGGACAUGUACUUUGACAACGUGGGGGGUGCCAUCAGUGACACAGUCAUAGCACAGAUGAACAAAGACGCCCACGUGAUCCUCUGCGGACAGAUUUCCCAGUACAAUAAGGAUGUGGCCUACCCACCGCCCCUCAGCACAGAGACACAGGAAUUGUUGCGCAGCAAAAAUAUCACCAGGGAAAGGUUUAUGGUGCUCAGUUACAUGGAGAAGCAUGAGGCUGGUCUUCUGCAACUGAGCCAAUGGGUGAAGGCAGGACAGAUCAAAGUGCUAGAGACCAUUGUGAAUGGUAUAGAGAACAUGGGAAGGGCAUUUUGUUCCAUGAUGACAGGGGGUAACAUUGGGAAACAGAUUGUGAAGAUUUCUGACUGAACUGAACCAAAACCUAUUCUUCAGCAGUGACUGCUGCUCUCACAAGAGGCCUUCCAUAUAUGUUGUGGGGUGAGAGCUCCCAUUCUGUCUGUUAUGAGAGUUCCCCUUUAGUAGAGCUAUAGUUGUACACUUUGUUUGGAUAAGUUGUUAUUCAGUAACUAAUUGUCAACCUGUAACUCUCAAUCCAAA